CGAUUUCCCGCAACUACAUCAUUUCAUCAUAUGACAAAACUCCAAAUUUCCUACCAAAGAUCCGUGGAUGGAAACCAUGACGCCAGAUCAAGUGGGCCGUUUGGAAACUUAAUCAAGCUAAAGCUAAAGGUUAAACGCGGCAGCACGCGAAGAGCUGCCAAGCUGGGUAAGGAUAACUCUAAACCAACUACAAAGGGAAACCUCGAUCGGAUCGUCAAUUGCCUCACCCGUGAUCUGAUUAUCUAACAAAAGAGACUAAAACCGGUCCCAUGCCGAAAACCCCGAUCUGGGUAUAUCGGAGCUUGCCAUCAUUUAACUUUGGGGACCAUUAUUUAUUUCGGACGAAUCCCGUGGUGGAUUGGACCCGACUUGCAUAUUAUCAUUUACUUAUUCAUAAUCAGAACAACAAUUGAUCACACCAAUAUCUAGGAAUUGAACCAAACGAAGAUAUUUUACAUUGCGAUAUAAGGAAGAGAAGAAGUAAAUAAGCAUAAAAAAUCAUGCUCCAAGCCAUCUCUCCCAAACACGACGCCCACCACGAGCGACGGCGCAAGAAUUCCCUAGCCAAUCUAACCGCCUCCCUCCGAGAUGGCAAAGUCCACCUCCUCCUAGCUGCUUCCGGAUCCGUGGCUACAAUCAAAUUACCUCUAAUCAUCGAGUCACUCGCUCAACGACAUGAAUCCCGCAGCGGCAAGGAGCUCAGCAUCCGAGUAUUACUAACGCCCUCCGCGACACGUUUCCUGGCCGGCCAAUCACAUGAGCAGCCUAACGUAUCCUCGCUUCUAUCUAUGCCAUGUGUCGAUGGCGUAUAUGAAGACGCCGAUGAGUGGAAAGAGCCGUGGAAGCGGGGUGAUUCGAUUCUACAUAUUGAGCUUAGACGAUGGGCCGACCUUCUUGUAAUCGCUCCUCUAAGCGCGAACACUCUAGCCAAGAUCGUAGGCGGUUUCGCAGACUCUCUCCUAACGAGCGUAGUCCGCGCAUGGGAUGCAUGGGGCGAUCUAGAUUACGAUGCUGCUACCAACGGCAAUCAGCCCCUCCUAAACGGCGAUAGGCGAAGGAGGCAGAAGAAGCGCAUCCUAGUUGCACCGGCCAUGAACACAGCAAUGUGGCGACACCCCGUAACGGCCAAAUCCCUACGCGUGCUAGAAGAAGAAUGGGGCAUCAACAGCCGCCUUUUCAACCAAAGCGCCUCAAAACAACCCACUAUCGAGGAAGAAGUACAAAAACUAGACGAACCGCAGAAGGAAACUGGUAACGAGGAGGACGGAGGUUGGUUCGAGGUUCUGAAGCCGCAGCAGAAGACCCUCGCCUGUGGCGAUGUGGGCGAUGGUGCUAUGAUGGAUUGGAGGGAUAUCGUGGCUGUGGUUGAGGAUAGACUGGGUUUAAGUGAAUGAAGUGUCUAGUUGCUGGAGGGUUUGAUUAAUCAAAAGGGAAAUUUAGGUUAGUGAAUCAAUAGGAGUCUUUCGAAGGAGCUGUCAGGCGAACCAGGCAGUGUGAAGGGGUGCGGCUAUAACACCUACGCGUUAUGUACUUCUAUACACAUAAUCACAUAAUCACGUAAUAAUACGGGUUGGUUAGUUCA